AAAUACCGAGAGAUUCCGUGAAGACGCGAGAUCCAAUAUGUCGGCGCCCAUGUUGUAGGCGUAAACAAUUUCCUACAUAAUUCUUGACAUUUUGUUUUGAAACAUAAUUAUCGCAGACUGACAUUCGUUCAUGCAGGUCUGAAAUCUAACAAUAGUUGUGAGGAAAUCAUUCUAUGAUGGGGGAUGAGGGCCAUGAUCAGGGACCAGCUCCCGCUCCCCUGGAUCUUGGUCGAGUAGAAACAGUUGCAAGGGAAGCAGCAAUGAAAUAUGUUGCCAACUUGUUACAGCGACCAGAGCAGCUGGAAAAAGUAGAUCAAUUCAAGAGAAGAGCAGCUCGUAAGAAGGCAUCAGUGGAGGCCAUGUUGAAGACAGCUGUACAGUCGCAGCUGGACGGCGUGAAGACCGGACUGAACCAGCUGCAGAGCGCCCUGCAGGAUGUGUAUGAGAUCAAACAAUCGUUGGACGAGGUGGAUGAAAACUACAGGUCCAUUCAGCCAUUACAUGACAAACUGAAGGAGGUGAAGAGAGAAAACUCCGAGUUCUGCCAGCUUGCUGCAGCCCAGGAGAACUUGAAGCACAUAUUCACUGUUCCGGAGAGUGUGUCCCGCACGAGGGAUCUCAUCACUGAGGGAAAGCUGUUACAGGCACAUAAACACUUGGCUGACCUUGAGAUGUCUCGAGACGACCUUCUACUUGAACUUCACCGACAGCCCAACCAGAGCCCAACUGAUAAUAAUACAUUAAAGAGGUAUUUUGCUGAUGUUGAAAAACUGUCAGAAGAUCUUGGCAAACAACUGUUUAUAAUCCUGCACCAAACUCUGAAAGCUGUCAGGCGUGAACCAACGCUCAUUGUUACAGCUCUCAGACUCAUAGAGAGGGAAGAGAGAAUGGACCAGGCUUGGCGGAGGAAGAAGGAGCAGACGGGCUUCAUGCCACCGGGACGUCCCAAGAAUUGGAGGCAGAGGGGCUUCGAUGUGUUUGAAGAGUCUAUUACUGCUACGAUUGAGGGUAACCAGUUGGAUGACCGUACAGGUGACAAGAUGUGGCUGGUGAAGCACCUGGAGCUCACUCGACAGCUCAUGAUUGACAACUUGAAGGUGGUCAAGACUCUGUUGCCGCCAGUCUUCCCUCCUGAUUACCACAUAGUCAAGCGAUACGUCCACAUGUAUCACAAGGCCCUCGGAGUGCAUCUGGUGGAGUUGAUUGACCAGGAACUGGAGGGAAAUGAGAUUGUCUCCCUUCUACAGUGGGUCCAUGCUUAUGACUCGCCGGACUUGUUGCGACAUCCAGGGUUAAAUAUCGACACACGAGAAUUAGGCUUGGGACCUCUUCUUGAAAACAGCGUCAUAGAGGAUCUGCAGAACCAUUAUCUGAAGAAUAUGAAGACCAACAUAGCAGAGUGGACAAGAAAUGCCCUCAAGUCAGAUUACAAGGACUGGUUCAAGGAUGAGCAGCCAGAGGCAGAUGGGGACGGCUUUUACAACACCCCCCUCCCUGUCAUUAUCUUCCAGAUGAUGGAGCAGAAUCUUCAAGUGGCUCAGCUGAUAAGUCAAGAUCUAGUGAAGAAAGUAUUGGAGCUGUUUGCUGAUGAACUGCGCCAGUAUGCUGUUGAGUAUGAAGGAGAAAUCAAAAACUUCAAAGAGCGACAUCUUGGAAACAGAAAUGAGCAAAAAUAUUUUCUACAUUAUGUGAUUGCCAAUGCUAACAACUGCCUUUGUUUUGGGGAGUACAUGAAACAACUUCGGAUGCGUUAUCUGAAGAAUGAGUAUGAGGAGGAGGAAGGGGAAGAAGAGACAGACAUCAGGAGAGAUAGUUUCCAGCAGUUGACUGACACCUUCUCACAGAUCAGCAGAUUGUGCUGUAAGAUAAUUCUGGAUGAGUUUUUCAUCGAUCUGAAAGACAGCAACUGUUUGAAUGAACUGAUGACCCGAGCCUGGAUGGCCAGUUCCAAUGCAAUAGACAUAAUAUGUGCAACAUGGGCGGACUACAAUGAAGACUUUCUGCAUCUCCGACCUAAAAACUUUGACAUGUUGGUUACGACUGGACAGAGGAAAAUACUCACGGAGUAUUUGCGAGCACUGUUGUCGAGAAAACUGUCUUUCAAGAACUACAAGGAGAGGCGGGAAUCUGCAGACAAGAUGUUGAAGGAGGCCACCUGCCUCAAGGACCUGUUCCACCACGUCUCCCCCAAACAGGACAACUCCAUAUUUGAUGUGCUCUACUCCUUGGCUGAAGUUCUAAAACUGAGAGAUAACUCCAUGUUGUCACUGGAAGUCACAGGUCUGGUGAAGAAGAACCCAGACAUUCGACUCGAGCAGCUCAUCAACCUGAUCCUGUGCCGCGGGGAUAUGAACAAGUCAGAGGCCAGACAGAUGGCUGUGGACACGCUCGGGGAGGAUGACGCUAACAAUAAACCUAAGGGCAUCUUUUCUGAGCUGGCAAAUUCAUGAAGAAAUCACAAGGAUCUGUGUAGAACUGGUAUUGUCCGAUUUAAUGCUGGUUUUUAAAUCAAUGUUUGUACUAAAAUUAAGUAAUUAAGCAAGGUGUACAUGGUUGAAACAACUCACUGCUACAUGUAUUUGCACAGUAAAUGGUUCACGAAUGAUAAUGAGCAACGUUCUAGUUUUGUUGGACAGCAUCCAGAAAGGACAGUUCACAAAUAUUGUUAUGCUUUGUGCUAUCAAAAUUAUGUUCCUGAAUCAUGAACACAUGAAUCGUGACUAAGUGUAUCGAUUUCUGGCUGUUUACUUCUAUACAGUUACCCUGCCUGGCGUUCGGCAUUAAGGGGACAAAAAAAAGAUUGGUCAGCUUGGAGUCAAUUUAUUGUGUCUGAGUGGGGUAUCUGUGUUAAAACUAUGGCAUGGUAUCUGAGUUGACUGGCACUAUGAAGCUGGCAGUAGUCUGGACAAGUUCCAGUAGACAUGCACCACGCACACCACACCAUACACCACAUCACACACCAUGCCAUGCCACGCCACGCCACACACACCACACCAUACACCACAUCACACACCAUGCCAUGCCAUGCCACACACACCACACCAUACAC